UUUUACUGCGGCGGGGAGGCGGGGCGGUGUUCGCGGAAAACCGAGCGGAGCGACGGAAGCGGUGAGAUUCGAGAAAAGAAAAAGAGAGGUUGGAGAGAUGUGUGGGAUCGCACUGUGAACGAUACCGCAGGUACAGUCGAACGCAGGUUACGUAGCUGCAUCAGGCCGCGGCAAGACCGCAGUGAAGCCUGCCUCCUCUACACCACCUUCCCCGCGUAAUCCCCGCAACGCAAUGUCUGGCGGAGGAGAGUUAAGGUACGCCCGCAAGGAGACUGGACAAGAGAGCCCGAGGAUGCCGGCCUGGAAGCGAGAGAUCUUGGAGAGGAGGAAGGCGAAGAGCGGGGGCUCAGGGGGAGCCACGGAGAAUGGCGCAGGUGGGAGUCUAAAACGCAGUAACGGGGAACAAACGAUUAACGGUGCCAAUAGUGGCGUACCCAACCGAGACGACUCGCACACCGGACGAAACUAUUCCAACACGGCGACCAGUCAGCACAUCGCCAACAACAAAGAAAAAAGACCGGUGGCUUUGGAAGGGACAGCGAGAAGUCAAGUUGACGGACAAGAGAGCUUGGUGCUCCAGGAGAGUCUGGGCCCGCUGGAACAGAACCCCUUCAUCAAGCUGGAGAAGGAGCGACGGAGGCGACAGGACAGGGAAAACGCCACUCGUCCGAUCCAACACAUUUUGGAGCUUUACGGUAAUGUUCCUGGAAUACGGACAAUCCGAGCAGAGAAUAUUCUCAUAAUCGAGUCGGAUCCAGAUUACGCUCUCGACGGCGAAGGAGUAAAAAGUCCCAUUUGGCAACAAAACGGUUAUAGCUCAAUGAAUGAUCUGUUGGACAGAAGAGGGAAUGCUAUAACUGAGAUAAGAGCAAAGGAAGUGGUCAUUUAUGACACUACGUUGAGCAAGAGCGAGGAGAACUUGAGCACCCUCGGUCGACCGAACCACAGAGACCCAUCGUGUGAGGCAGGUGAGGGUCAAGGGAUGGUGAGCCGAAUACUGCAGAAAUUUGACUCCAACUACGGGAAGCUGCAGAAAAAGUCUCACAGCACAGAGAACCUGCUAGAUCUAGAUGGAAGUGCCAGCAGAAGACAGAGAAGCCGGGCCAAGCCGCAGCUCGAUCUGAUGCCAAAGCCCAAAACAGAUUGGGUCAAAAACUUGAGCAGCAAGCAGUCGUCAUCGCCUGUCCUCCUGAGUUCUCCAAAAGCAAAACCGCAUUCUCCCGUACUUGAGACGGCCGGUCCUCAGCACAACAUUGAAUCUUCUAAACUGGCGUCCUCCUUCCGGCAGCGACUUGAAGAGAGCGGUGAUCAUCGGACAGCGGCCACACCAAGAGAUGAACCAGACGAGGUGCACAAGAUGAUUUCGGAGGUGAUUCUCAAUUCCACGGUGCCAUCAUCAAUGCAGAGUCGUCACGCUGUCUCAUCCAAGGUGUUUCACAAGUCACGUGACUUUGAAAUUUGUCCGUCCCCUAAGCCAGACCUCUCCCAAAUACCUGAUGAAGAUACUCAGGCACGGGCCCUGGCAAAUCUGCGUAUCCAGUCUAAAAACUCUUUCAUGGUGAUUCCCAAGCGACAUCUUGCAGCCACACUUGAAAGUGGCCACACGGCAUCACCUAGCCCUGCUAUAAUGUCUCCUUCUCACAGAGUGGCAGAGCAGCCUGUGUCAGGAGUGCCAUCUUCUCACAUAUCUACACCUGCAGUAAUGCUCCAAAAACUGAAGGAUGCAAAAAACGACAAGGAAGUGGCGCGGCUGUGUACGCCCCACUCACUUCCGUCUGUUGCCACAUCUUCUUCAUCGCCUACGCUCUCGCAGAAUCUGUCUCCAUCUCCUACCACACUUUCUCCACCUGCCUUGACUUCUCCUCCCUCUUCUCCAGUCGUCCCAUUAUCACCCACUUUAUCUCCACGUGCCCUUUCACGGGACCCUUCGCCUCCCCCCACAACUGUAGUCACUCCUGCAGAACAUCUGCCUGUCACAAACAUAGAUGACAUUGAUGUGGGAACCCCACUUCGUGCUCCUGCACACAGCCCCAUAGCGCAGAGGAGGAAGGGGAACACUUUUACUGUGGUGCCUAAACGCCGGGGAGAGGCUGAGGUUAAGCCCAGUUCACCUGAACCCCAAGAAGAUCCCUCAAGUGAUGCCUCACCGGGAUCUACGCCCCCUCAGGCCCCAUACACUCAACUGGGCUCUCUGCUUAAGAAACGCUACCCAGCUGUAGAUGAGAUUGAGGUCAUCGGUGGGUACCUUUCCCUCGGAAAGUCCUGUCUUUCCAAGUCGGGCACCCUUGGCAACAAGAAGCUGAAGAUAUCCUUCAAUGAGUCAAGUCUCCACAGUACGUAUGAGUACCCGUCAGAAAGCAGCACGUGGGACAGCGGCGAGGAGGCAGACGAGGACAAACGUGAAACAAAGGUCAAGGAAGAACUGCCCAGCAUGGUGGGACGCAUCCACAUCCCUCGUCCCAGUUUCACAAGCUCCCCCACACACACUAACAGCAGCAAUGACCUUGCAAACUACGUUCCCAAGCACUCGAUAGACUUCAGCACCUGGCAAGAAUACAAGCAAGAGGACAGUGUUCAUAAGGAGGAGUCCUCUUCACACCAAACACAGACAACAGAGGAGGUCAUGCUAACACCAGCAGAUAGUUCGUCCCUGUCAGACUACAGUAGCGAGCCAGCUCUCUACUUCUGAUCACUUGGUCUAAUCAGCACAAAAGUAGCACCUGGUCCACUGGACCAAUGGGACCGACACCGAACGCCAGCGAGGACUGCCAUACCGGGACCUGAACCACUCCUAACUUUGCCGGGCUUAAGCACACGUUCCCUGAGGCCUUGAGGGAACAGAAGCCACGGUACCAUCGCCGCUCGCCACAAAAUCAUCCAAGUCGGACACUCCGUCGUAUUCAAGGUUGACAAACCUAAAAAGCAGCUGGACUGUCUUUUUCCAAAAAGAUCCUGGACAGUUGAUCUGUCAAAACAUCCCGACUAAACUAAAUAGUUUAUCAGCAUCAGUCUCUUUCUUCAAUCCGUUCCAUGAUUUUCUUUUAUCCUACGAUAGUUUACACUUGCAUCUGGGCGAUACGGGCUUUAUAGUCCAAACUUCCAAUAAGAGCAAAAAGCUGCCAAUGCCCAUGUGGAAGUGACGCCACAGUGACAGUGUUACACAGCUCCGUAAAUUUAAGUUAGCGUUUUCUCGCUUGGAGUAAAACGAUGCAAAAUAAAAACCUGAAAGGUGCCACAUAAUUUUGGUUUUUGUACGUGCAUGAUUUGUUUCAGUUGAACCAACGGCUUGGGUUGUUCCGCUUACCGUAAGGCUUCCUAUUGCCCUUUUUUCUUUUUUUUUUUUGCUUUUUGUAUCUUAUGGCAAACCGUAUUGAAGCUGCUGGACGGUUGGUAGAAUAGCAGGCAAACUUUAACACAGUUCUUCAUAAUGAGGAGGCCAAGUAUGAACUACAUCAACACGUACCCUGGAGGAAGUUUUUCUUUAUUCGUAGCAACUCUCAUGUUUUGAUAAAUGCUUGAAAAAGUGCCCUUUUGCCAAAAAAUGUCUGUAUUACUGGUGUGUGAUGUAAAGUAUAUCACCCGUCCGAAUGUCUCCGCAUCCUCCUCCUGAGCUUCUUGUGUAUUUAUUGCUUCUCAAUGUUAAAGUUUGCAUGUCUUGGACCUGCUUAUGCAUCAUUUUGUAUCAUGUUUUCCGUGUAAAUGUAGAGGGCGAGUUCACUAAUCAGCCGACACCAGACAUCAUCUACUUUUACAUUCCUUUCGGGAGAAAGCUGGUCCACUAAAAAUAAACAAAGGUGAUGUUUUGGUCACAUGUGAAGUUUUAAUUAAGACAUGUUUGGGGUUUUUUACUGACAGAAAUGCACCGCGUUUCCAAUUUUUCUUUUUUUUUAAACUCAUAAUGCCAAGUGAUUAAAGUGUUGCUGUAAUUGCUUCCGUCUUUCUUUCCAUGCAACCUUGGCCAGUAUUGUUGUACAGAUUUAUUGUGACACCAGAUUAUUAUGAUUAACUUUUAUUUCCUGCUCGUCAUCACCCUAUGACCUUUUUCAAUGAUGUUGUGAGACUCUGUGGUAGUCCGAUGACUUGUAAUUGCCGAUAUGCAGUCUUGGAUGCAAGAUUUCUUUUUUGCACUGUCGUGCUUUUCGCAUUAUUUUGCACCUCAUGUGAAGGAAUAGCCAGUGACAGACUACAUGCACUUAAAAUGAGUUCUCUUUUCUCUUGUUUAUUCAACACCCAAUUGUAUUAUUAUUAUUAGCAUCAUCAUUAUUAUUAUUAUGUCCCACACAGUACCUUGACUAAACAAAAAAUACCAAAUUUCAUAGACUGGAAUGCAGAAGGUCAUGCUUUUUUACAUUCCAGUUUACACGGCUGAAUGUCAUUUUAUCUUCUAUUUUGAGUGAACGGACUUAUUCAGUCUUUCUGUUUUCCAGCGCAUUCAGCAUUGAAAGUACAGUAUAUACAUAUAAAGAAAUGUGCUAUUAGUCCAAUAAGUAAGGAAUAGUUUAAACACUCAACUUAAUGGUCAAAAUGUCUUAGCAAAUGUGGGGACACUUUGUGUUAAGACAUGAAAAAAAAAAAUUAAAAACACUACCUGUGGAGCAACCCAGUUCACCGUUGCCUUCAGAAAAAGACACAUCGAGUUCUUUGUGGGGAUAUUUCUUCUUGUCUUCGAUCUGUGACCCAAAGGACCAAAGUGGAGUUCCCAGCAGUUUGACACCAGCAAUAACUUAAAAAAUGGAAACAGAAACUACGACUUGUAAAGUAUACUGUACAGAAAACCAGCAAUGUUUUCCGGGCUUCUUUUUCACUCCCUCUUAAAAAAUAAUCCAAUUGUGGUAAAACACUCCAUUUUCUCCACUUUAAAUUUGUUUGUCUUAAAGUCUGCAUUGUCUAGGCUGUGUAAAAUUAUUGAUGAUUUGAACAAAAGUGAUGUCACACUUGUACAGAUGUACAAUAAAUAAAUACAAAAAUGGAACAAA